GCCGGUUUGGAAGAAGGCGCCGAGCACGAAUUCCGGGAGCGCCUUCUUGCUUGCUCGCAUGGCUUUUCCGAGCUCGACCCUGAAGUUCCGCAGGAUCCUGGCUCACUUCCCUCAAGAGCUCAGCUUAGCCUUCGCUUAUGGCUCCGGGGUCUUCCAACAAGCGGGGUCUUCUACCGCCGUAACGGAGAACAAUAUGCUGGAUUUUGUAUUUGCAGUUGAUGAUUCUACAACAUGGCAUGCAAUGAACCUGUCAAAAAAUCGGAGCCAUUAUUCCUGCCUAAAAUAUUUUGGAACCAAGUCAAUAUGCAGCAUCCAAAACUAUGGAGCAGGGAUUUACUACAAUACAUUGGUGCCUUGUAAUGGGAGGGUUAUAAAAUAUGGUGUCAUAAGUACUGAUGCUUUAAUUGAAGAUUUGUUGCGAUGGAAGACACUUUAUGUAGCUGGACGUCUACAAAAGCCGGUGAAAAUUCUGGCUCAGAAUGAGAAUGUUAAGCUGCAAGAGGCCCUGACUAGUAAUUUGAAGAGUGCUGUCAUGGCAGCCUUUCUCAUGUUGCCUGAAAGUUUCUCUGAAGAGGAUCUUUAUAUGAAGAUCGCUGGAUUGUCAUAUUGUGGCGAUUUCAGAAUGCUCAUUGGAGAAGAUAAAUCAAAGGUUAUGAACAUAGUGAAACCAAACAUGAUACAUUUUCAGAAGCUCUAUAGCCAUAUUUUGCAAGAUAGCCCUCAAGUGGUAUACAAGCAUCAGCUGGGCAAGUUAGAGAUAGAUAAAAGUCCAGAAGGUCAGUUUGCACAACUGAUGGCUUUACCAAGCACCCUGCAGCAAAAAAUAACUUAUCUCAAGGAUUCUCCAGGGAAGAACAGAGAUGUGGAAGAAAUUUUAUUACAAGUCGCCCAUGACCCUGACUGUAGAUUUGUGGUACACCAAGGUAUUUCAAGAAUUGUGGGAUUGUCCACCUUAAUUCAGAGUGCUAAAACCAUCCUAACAGCUGGGAUGAAAAAGUCAUUGAUCUACAGCAUGAAGAAGAUGUACAAGAUGUCAAAGGGAUGGUUCAGAAAAUCAUGACAUCUAUGAAGUUUGAAAAACCUGAUCUUCUCAUAUUAGUUUAUCUUUUGCAUCACUCUGGAAGACAAAGCAUCUUUAGUUUGGAGAAACUGUUGUAUUAUUUAUUUUCAGACAACUUUUCAGAGAAGAGAACAGAUUAAGAUGGAAUCCGUUUUUUAUCUGCUUCUUUGAAGACUAUUUGGAAUGAUUUUUCCACAGUCAGCUUAUUUUACACGUGUUGUACAUGUAAUAUCUUCGAAACAUCCCUGUUUCCAAGGCCUUAUAUUCUUGAGAUGUUUUUUUAAUCACAUAUGCUUUGAGUUCUGUCAUCCUUCUGUUUUUCCAUCAUUUACUUUACCAAGAACUUAUAAUGGUCUUGUCCUAUAACUUAAGAAACAUUGAAUAGCAAUGUGUUAAAUUCUUUUGCUUGUGGCACACCUAUUGUGUAGAGCUGCAUAUCAAGUAACUUUGAGAAAGGUCAGACAUGCGCUUUCCAGGCACAGUUGACAUCACAGCCAAAUAUUGGUAAGUAGGUCAUAUUUCAAAACAAGGUCUGGUUAUUGUUGAAUUCCUGGGAGACAGAUAUAUAUAUAUAUAUAUACCUAACAUAAAAUCAAAGAACAAUAUUUUCCAUCAUGUUUUAGGUUGCUUUUUUUCCUUAACACCCAAAGCUUCAACUACUGGAUCUUAAAGGAAAGCUGCUGAAUUGGUUUUCUAAAAUAUAAGGCAUUGGACUAAGAGGAAGUUUUAUCUGCCUUUAACACUUUCUCUCUUAACUCAAGGAAAAAGGCAAGGGCAAAACACUUCCAAAAACAUGUUGCCAGGAAAAUCACAGAAACUAGUGCAUGUUAUUAUUAGGAGUCAAGACAAAUUCAAUGCUAUAAAAGAGGGGGGAGAAGAGGGGAAAGUCAUGUAAUUAUUAUAUUAAAAGAGGGGUUUGAAUUAUGAAAUUGAUCCUCAAUACAUCUUCUAAAGUGAGCAUAUUAGAAUGAUUUGGG